AUGCUGCUGCUCAGGUGCCAUCUGAAACGAGCUCUUCCCCAGAAGGUCUUGUGCAGGCUCUGUGCAGUGAUGGGGAAACUGCAGAGCAAAUUCAAACACAGCACUUACAAAUACAGCAGGCCUGAUGGAUUUAUCGAAGAGAGGAUUCAAACUAAAGCCUUUCAAGAGUAUAGCCCAGCUCACAUGGAUACCGUCUCUGUUGUUGCUGCUCUGAACUCAGACCUCUGUGUCUCCGGAGGAAAAGAUAAGACAGUUGUGGCCUAUAACUGGAGAACUGGAAAUGUGGUGAGAAGAUUCAAAGGACAUGAGCAUGAAGUCACCAAGAUAGCGUGUAUUUACAAAUCAAGCCAGUUCUUCAGCGCCUCUCGCGAUAAGAUGGUCAUGAUGUGGGACUUGCAGAGCUCCUCACAGCCAAGACAGCAGUUCUCUGGCCACACCAUGGUGGUCACUGGACUGACCGUGAGUCCAGAUUCAUCACAACUGUGUACUGGCUCCCGUGACAACACCCUGCUCUUGUGGGAUGUGGGCACUGGACAGUGUGCAGAGAGAGCGUCAGUCUCCAGGAACCUGGUCACUCACUUGUGCUGGGUCCCCGGAGAACCUUACAUACUCCAGACCUCCGAGGAUAAAAGCAUCAGACUGUGGGACAGUCGGGGGCUGCAGGUAGCUCAUACAUUUCCCACCCAGCAGCACAUCCAGACGUACUGCGAGGUCAGUGAGGAUGGGCACAAGUGUGUCUCCUGCAGCAGCGGCUUUGAAGGGGAAGGCUGUGAAGCCACGCUGUGGGACCUGAGGCAGACACGGAGCAGAAUCUGUGAGUACAGGGGGCACUUCCAAACCGUUGCGUCCUGUAUCUUUCUACCCAGAGCUUUAGCCUUGAUGCCUGCAAUUGCUACCUCAUCACAUGACUGCAAGGUGAAGAUCUGGAAUCAAGACACUGGAGCCUGCCUUUUCACCUUGUCUCUGGAUGGAUCAGGACCUUUGACUUCCCUGGCGGUGGCCGACACCAUCUCCUUAUUGUGUGUGAGUUUCAGCAGAGGAAUUCACUUACUCAGGGUGGACCGCAGCCAAGGGCUGGAACUGCGGGAAGUGGCGGCAUUCUGA